AUGCAACCUUAUGUUGCAAUAAAAGAGGAAAAAAAUUUAUCAAAAGUAGAGCUAAAUUCUUCCGCAUCGACUACCCUGAUAUCAAACCAAGAUGAAAAAGAGAAAAGCAAAAAAGAAACUGAUUUCGUCAACUUAACAGCAAAAGAUAUUGCAUUUUUGUUUGUUGGAUUAGUCUUGGCGUGCUUUUUGGCUGGUUUAGAUGGAACUAUUAUCAGCACAGCACUUCCGAGAAUCGCUAGCGAUUUUAGCGCCUUAGAUCAAUAUAGUUGGGUGGUCAACGCAUAUUUAUUAACCUAUAAUGCUUGUCAACCUCUCUACGGGAAAUUUUCCGAUAUAUUUGGACGAAAAAAUACUUUAGUUUUUGCUGUGCUUGUUUUCUUGGGUGGAUCGGCAGGAUGUGGGGCUUCAAAUUCCAUGGAUUUACUAUUAUUUUUUCGAGCUAUUGCUGGAACCGGUGGUGCUGGAAUAAUAUCAUUAGUAUUAAUCAUAAUUAGUGAUAUUUUCCCAUUGGAAGAGAGACCAAAAUAUCAAGCUAUUAUUUGGGCAACUUUCGGUCUUUCUAGCGUUCUCGGACCAUUGUUAGGCGGCACAUUUGUCGAUCAUUUGAGUUGGCGGUGGGAUUUCUACAUGAAUCUUCCUUUAGGAGCAAUUACGAUCGCUGCAACAACCUUCUUUUUACGACUUUCUUUCAAAUCAACAACAUUACGGGACAAGUUAGCAAGGAUAGAUUACCUCGGAUCAAUCUUUAUCGUUAUGUGCGUCAUAACAUUUCUAUUGCCAACUUCUUGGGGUGGCAUUAGUUAUGCAUGGAAUUCGAUCCCUGUGAUUUCAUUAUACUGUUCGUCUGCUGUAUUUCUCGCAAUCUUUAUAUUUAUCGAAUUUCGAAUCGCAGUUGAACCAAUUGUUCCCGGGCACAUUUUCAAAAGUCUCACAGUCUGUGCCGUAUUUAUUACGAAUUUCUUCACGGGUGCUGCAUUUUUCUCUGUAAUUUUCUACGGUCCGCUAUACUAUCAAGCGAUUCACGGCCAAUCCGCCACAAGUUCCGGAUUUAAUCUAUUGCCAUUGACGCUAGGUCUGGUGAUUUUUUCGAUGCUGACGGGCAUGAUGGUCACUAAAGUUCCCGGUGGUUACAGAACUUUUAUUUGGUUUGGGAAAGUGUUGAUUGUUGUGGGUGAGGGAUUAUUAUGUACGCUUGAUCAGAACACGUCGGUUGUUAAGCAAGUUUUUUAUCUAUUGAUUAUCGGAAUUGGAUUGGGAUUCGAGCUGCAAAUGUGUUUAUUGGCUGUUCAGAGUGCUUCUGCAGAAAAAGAUAUGGCAAUAGUAACAGCGUUAGCUGGAUUCUUUCAAUCAAUCGGUGGUGGGAUUGGUGUCGCAGCAGCGUCCUCAAUUUUCGCGAACGAAAUAAAAUCGAACCUGCUUAACGAAGUCUCACCGGAAUUACUUACUCCACAAGUAAUAGACAUUGUCGAAAACAGAAUUACCGAUGUAAUAAUAUUAUCAGAACCGGUUUACUCACAAAUCAUCCAAGUCUACGUGCUUUCCCUUCAAUCCGUUUUCCGUGUUAAUACUGUGUUUGCUGGCAUCGCUCUUAUCUCAUCGUUGUUUAUCGGGAAACAAAAGUAUGUUGAUUCGAAGGAGUCGCAGCCGCAUAUGGUUGCUUGA